UGAGAGUCCUCUCGGUACGCGCGCUCCGCUGCGCCGUUGUACGCAUGAGCCGAGCGACCCGCGAAGGCGGAAGUGGGAGCUGCUGAGGGGAGGUGGGGCUGCCGUGCGUGCCGUGGGUUGGAGGAGCGGCCGAUAUGGUUCCCUCCCGGAAUCUUGUGGGUCCCCUGGCAGUCCUGGUGCUGUUGCUUUGGGGGGCUUCCUGCACCCACGGGCGGCGGAGCGACGUGCGCGUCAUCACGGAUGAGAACUGGAGAGAGUUGCUGGAAGGAGAGUGGAUGAUAGAAUUUUACGCUCCGUGGUGUCCUGCUUGUCAAAAUCUUCAACCAGAAUGGGAAAGUUUUGCUGAAUGGGGAGAAGAUCUAGAGGUUAAAGUUGCAAAAGUAGAUGUCACAGAGCAGCCAGGACUGAGUGGACGGUUUAUCAUAACUGCUCUUCCUACUAUUUAUCAUUGUAAAGAUGGUGAAUUUAGGCGCUAUCAGGGUCCAAGGACUAAGAAGGACUUCAUAAACUUUGUGAGUGAAAAAGAGUGGAAGAGUAUUGAACCUGUUUCAUCAUGGUUUGGUCCAGGUUCUAUUCUGAUGAGUAGUAUGUCAGCACUCUUUCAGCUAUCUAUGUGGAUCAGGACCUACCAUAGCUAUUUUACUGAAGACCUUGGAUUACCGGUUUGGGGAUCAUAUACAGUUUUUGCUUUAGCAACUCUACUUUCAGGACUGUUCUUAGGACUUUGUAUGAUAUUUGUGGCAGAUUGCCUUUGCCCUUCAAAAAGGCGCAGACCACAGCCAUGUCCUUCAAAAAAAUUAAUACCAGAAUCUUCUCAACCUUUGAAAAGAGUGGAGGAGGAACAAGAGGCCAAUGAAGAUGUUUUAGAAGAGGAAGCCAAAAGUAAAGACGGAACAAACAAAGACUUUCCACAGAACGCCGUACGACAACGCUCUGUGGGUCCAUCAUUAGCUGCGGAUAAAUCCUAGUUAAUUUUCAUAGAUACCUGAAUGUUACAAUUUUGGCCAAAACAGAAGAUUGGCCAUCUCUUUUGGUUUGAGGUAAACCGUGACUUGCUUGUAUAUUGCAGGAUUCAGUCUAGAUUAUUGUUAUAUUGAACAGUCUGUGUUCAGAAAAAUAACAGCAACAGGGUAUAAAAGUUUGAAAAAUGAUUUUAAGAACAGCGUGGUGGUUUGAAAAAUUUUUUAAUGUUUGAAAAAUGUGGUGCCAAGCAAUAAGAUUUGUGUAUGUUUGUUUAAUAAUAACCUGUUUCAAGUCUGAGUUGAAAAAUUACAUUUCUGAAGUAUUACAUCAUUGGGGUAUUUAAGAUAAGAUAACUUUAGAGAAAAAGAUUUCUCAUUUAAUAUAAUUUUUCUCAGUUUCACUGUGUGAAAAAAAGAACGUAUUUCCCAUAAAUGGGAACUUUGCCCAUUGUCUCAAGAAAUGUGUAUUUCAAUGACAGCUCUGUGGUCUUUUUAGAGAUGUAGUCCAAAAUUUCCUCAUAUUUUUAGAUUAUGCAACUAACAAAAACUACCUUACUUUAAUUACAGUUUUCUACGUAUGAUAAUACAGGAUAUGCUACUGAUAUAGGAAGUUUUUAUAAGUCCAUGGUCUCUUGAUUCCUAUAAAGGCUGAUUGUCUUUUUUGUUCUCUCUGUACAGUGUAUGGUUUGUAUUUUUCUUAUUUGUCAUGGGUAACAUUUUUCAUGUUCAAAUUCAGUGAUAAUUUUCUGGAAAUGUUCUUCAUGUUUUGGUAAACAGUAUUUUUUUGUUGUUGUUUCAAACUGGAGUUUACUGAGAGAACAAUCAAAUUGAGCUAUUUAUCGAUAAUUUAAAAUUUUGACCACUUGUUUCAGAUUUUACAUCAUUCUUGUUGAACCUCUACUUGAACUUUUCUUUUUUCUUUUUUUGGUUGUGAAAGCGAACCUGAUUUUUAUUUGAUAUGGAAAAGCCUUGGUAUUUUAAAUUUUAAGAUUCACAGAGCUUAAUUUGAUAUAAAAUAAAGUUUGCAUUCUACUCAGGAAAAAGCAUCUUCUAGUAUAUGUUUUAAAUGUAUCUAUCCUUAUAUGCAGAAAAUUCUUAAUUGAUUUUACAGUCUGUAUGUUUGAUGUUUUAUAAACAAACUUUGUAUUCUACUGUUCUUUCUUGGUUCCUGACAUUGUGUGGUAUUUCAUAGGUGGAAAUCAUCAGGAUGGAACAUUUAAUGUAUUUUUACUCCUUAAAGAGUUAGAACAUAUAGUUUCAUGUUAUAGCAAGAGGAGGGGUGCAGUGAAAGACUGUAUUAGCCACCAGCAGGGGAAAAACCAUACAUACUAAGAAUGAAUGACUUGACUGUUAUGUAAUAGACAAUUUCUGUAAUGUCCCCUUUUUUUUAGGUUUUGUUGCUGCGUGACUCCAUUAGACUUACAGUAUCAUAAUGUACCACAGUUUUCUUUAAGGGUCUCUCCUUUAGAAUAUUAAAUAUUCUCUACCAUUGAAGAGUUUGGUUGUGUAAUUUGUGAUGCCUUAGAAAAAUAUUCUAAGCACAAAAUAAACUUUUCUAAGCACUUCA